AUGGAUAAUCGUGAAUUUUAUAUACCUGAUGUUCCUCCAUUUCCAUUAGAAAAUUCUAGUAAAAUCAUUAUAACACAAUUAUCUGAAGAAACUAGUAUACAAACAUGGCCACCAGGUUUCAAAACUGGCGAUGAUAUCAUUACUCAUACAUUUUAUGAAGAAGUUUAUCUUCUAGAUGGUUCUAUUACUGAUCUUUCUCUUAAUAAAACAUUUGGUAAAGGAUAUCAUGCAUGGCGUAAUCCUCAAAUGAAACAUGGACCUUAUCAAGCUGAUCAAAAUCUUGGUUGUCAAAUGCUCGUCAUUGUUAGACAAUCAGAUUCUCGUUCAAGUGUUUAA